UCGGUGCACUGUCUCGGCUUAGAAACCAAAACAAAAUAUAAAAUAUGAUUAAUGUCGUGGACAGGGAAUUUGAAGAAAUAUAAAGAAGGCGCGAGACUUGUGAGAAUUGACUAUUAUAUAAAACAAUAGAUUCCUUCGCCCAGAAAUUGGAAUUAUCAAUAAGAUCGUAUACGACUCGGUGAACCUUCAUACCCCUUACCCACCUAAACUUACAAUCCGUCGUGUUGAGAACAACUCGUCUCCCUAUAGCGGUACGCGUACUGGGCAUAAAAAUUGCCAAAAUGCCACACCAGCCAAGAUUGCCGUCUCCUACAAAUACAACAAGCCUAAGGCGGUCGUCAAUUGCCUCGGAGAAAACCCUAGUAGAUACGCCAAGUCAGAUAGAAGAUGCUACCAAAGAGAAAUCUCAAGAGAGUAAAAAAUAUCACAAGCCACCCCCCAGCGUCAAAGCUGAAGCUAGGAACAGUUGGCUCCCCGUGAAGAUGGGUGAAGCUGUGGAGAAGGUCAAGCUGAAGUUACGGGAGAACGACAGCAAGUCCAAGCCUAGGGGUAGACAGCCAGUGCGUGAUGGGUACCCGGACACCAGAUACAUGUGGCAAGCGUUGGCGGAGACGAAGCUAUAGUCUUCGGGAUUAGAACCUCGAUACUUCGCCAGGGGAGCCUAUGGUUCAACACACUUGAUAUUUCGUUUUCAUUGUCGAAUAAUUGGCAGGUAGAUUUUGGCGUGGGACUGUUUGAUAUUAGAGCCGGGCUGUUUUAAGCGGGACAUGAAAAAAUAAUUUAUGAAUGGCGCCUAGUGGUGUGGAAAACAAUACAGGGAAUGAUGGUAUCGGAUUGGAAGGAGUAAAAGUGCUGAUAUACUCUCAGAUAUUUGGGAGGGGUUGAUAAAGACUGGCGAAGAUGUUAUCUCCGGAGGGAAUAAUUGUUAUGUUUUAGAGACUACCUGAUAUUGGGUAUUUAUCGCAGUAUGUGGCGAUCUCCUGUAGACUACUAGCCUAGAUCUCUUUUCCUUCUUAAUCAACCGUUAUAUUACCUC